AUGAGCAAAAACAACUGCAGACAAAGAUUUAGUGAUGAACAGAUUAAGUCACUGGAGAUCAUUUUUGAGACGGAGUCCAGGCCAGAGCUACGCAUGAAACAGCACUUGGCUAACAAGCUAGGGCUGCAGCCUCGACAGGUCGCGAUAUGGUUCCAGAAUAAAAGGGCUCGAUCAAAGUCGAAGGAACUUGAACGGGAUUAUGACAUGCUUAAAGCGGAUUAUGACAAGUUGGCUUCCCAGUUUGAAUCCUUGAAGGAAGAAAACCAAGCCCUGCUUAUCCAGUUGCAGAGACUUAAACUGGCUGAAGGUACGAGAGUCCAGCUAUAUGAAAACAAAAACAUAAAGAUGGAAACUUCAGAAAAGCCAAGGUUUGUACUAGAAAACAGCAGCCCUGAUCUUGGCAUGCCCUUGAGCAGUGAUUUUACUAGAAAGGUUGACUAUUUGUGGGAAGAAGCUGAUGAUCCGGACUUAGCACAAAUGGCUGACUGUUACUUAAUCUCGAAAGAAUCCAGUAGCCUUAUCGACAAUUCCAGUUUUAGUGGACAUGGUGGUCUGGCUUUUAAGUUCUGA